CUAGAAUCGUCUUGAGUUGUCGCGCCGGACAGCAGCGACGAAUUGAUUCUACCGAUUCUACCUUACAUUUUUACAAGAACACAUUUGCAACUGAUUUGCAACUGAUUCGACAUGAUUAACACAAUUCGCCUGGUAUCUCGACAGAGCCUUCCUCAAUUCCGUCGAUUUCACAAAUGUGUUGUCCGACAAACGGAAUCGAGCGCAGCGGCAGCGACAGAAGUAGCAGCACCACCACCACCAUCACCACCACCACCUUCAACAUCAUCACCACCUUCAUCACCUUCACCACCUUCACCGUCUGAUAAGAACCCGAUACAUCUGAAAAUUGACAAAAUAGCCAAUGACAUUAUCGCUCUCAAUCUGAUAGAAGUAGCAAAGCUUAGCGAGUUAUUAAAAAAACGAUUGAAUCUACCAGAUGCACCUGUUAUGCCUGUUGGAGGAUUUGUUGCUGCAGCUCAGGCUUCGGAGGAAGAAGAAGUAGAACAAAAGCAAGUACAAACGGAGUUCACUGUUAAGUUAAUGGCGUUUGAUGAGAAACAGAAGGUACCGCUAAUCAAAGAAGUGAAGAACUUGAUGUCAGACAUGAAUCUUGUUCAGGCCAAAAAGUUCGUUGAAAGCGCACCUGCAAUAGUGAGAGCAGAUAUAUCAAAAGAAGAAGCCGAGAAAUUGCGAGAUGCUCUUACUAAGGUCGGUGCUACAAUUACAAUUGUAUAAAUCGUACAUGUGAAUAUACAUAUUGUUACGUAAAUAUAAUGUUAUAAUAAAAAUUACAUUCACUCACA